AUGCCGGCGCAGUGGUUCAUCCGACCAUCCAUCCAGCGGAGUCCGCGAUGCCCUGUGCGCUCGGCACAACGGCCACAAGGCCCCCUCACCUGGUUAAGCCUGCCGGUCGAAGCGGUUGCCCGGCGUGUGGCCGCUGAGCAGAGCCCAGCAAUAUGGAGCCACAGGUGAGAUUUGGGUGCUAGCAAGAGGACGCUAGGCGUAGUCUCACCUUUAAGCAGGUGAGCGACCACUACGACCAUCAAGUGAACCCACCGCUGACACCCCUACACCCCCCCCCUCCACACACACAACAACAACAACAACAACAACAACAACAACAACUGCUACUACUACAUCGAUAUUCUGCAGUCCUCCAGUCACUGCGUCAACUGAUUACUGAUUUCGAAGCUACGAGCAGGCAAACUCAGCAGAAUUGUAUUUUACUUACCUAGCGGUCGCUUACCUCAUGGUUUCCUGCGAGGUAGCAUCGGAAGCCUCGUCCGAGAGAUGACAAGGCGGGGAUCCGUCCGACCGCCAGCGUCGCAAAUCGCCUUUAUCUCCAGCACUUUUUGUCGAUCUCGUUUCCGGAUGAGAAUCUGGUCCAGCUACUGCCAGCUUUGCGAAGGGGUGGGGGGGGUGCAUCCACGUUGCCUCCUUCUAUGUCGAGAAUCGGAGAGGAGACUGUUUUUUAUAGGGGGUGCCUAGAAGGAGAAGGUUGUUUUCAUUACAGCUGCAUAGUCCGUGCGGACCCAGCACACCCUUCCAGACAGUUUGGUCUGUCCCGAUGCGGGUAUUGAAGUCUCCAAAGACAAUCAGUUUUUCUGCCUUCGGUACAGUCACCAGGAGGGCGUGCAGAACGUCGUAUAACUUGUUCUUCCGAUCAUCGGAGCUGGUCGUUUAGGGCGAGGGGAUAGGCAGUAUGAAUAUUUAUUUGGUAUGUCGGAAGUGGUGUGGUAAACAAGACGGCGAUUCCCAACUUAGAAGUCAGGGAAAACGGCUUGAUUUGGACAACCGUUACUGCUGUGGCAGUGCGUACACAAUGGCUCUGUAGGCAGUCGCCGCGAGCGCGCUCCCCAAGCAAGUUGUUUGGUCAGUGUCCGUCUUCGAGGUGCUCAGACCCAGCGCGUGUGCGCAUUUCGUUGUCUCAGCGUCCGCCAGCCAAUCAGAGGAGGGAGAGCGUUGAUUGCCUUCGAGCACUCACGAGGCUAGUGACAAGCCUCUCGCGUCCCAGCAGCGUUUCGACAAGGAGUGUGAGGCGGACAGGACGUCGGCGUGACAAAACGGCGGAGAGCAAGGCGACGCGAAAUGCCACGGGUACACAGACUGACUGGUCUGCCGUCAUUCUUACACUAGUUUUCAUGCAAAAGAGCUUUAAUUGUUUCGAUUUCCGCUAUCUGUGGCAUGUGUGUGAAGACGGUAAGAAACAACAUCUUUGAAAAUGUUUAAGUUGUAAUGCUCUUUAGUCGAUGAAAAUAAUACUGAAGUGAGCUGGCCGUUGUUCACCUCCUUUUCCUUUUUCUCCUCAACCGGGAGUUGAACGUUCUCGUGUGAAAUGCUGAAGGCUAGUAAAAUAUGUUAGGAUAUUGAAUUUGGACGUGAAGUCCCUGAGUAAAACAAGGCUUCACUUUUUUGGAGACUGUACAUCGAAUGGUGAUUAAAGUAGUCAGCAGACUGAGGUUUCUGCCUUAUGUUAAACGACUAGAAUAGGCUAAAAGUACUCCUCUCUUUUAAAGGCAAUAGAGGGGCCUUCUAACUCGCCUGAAUACGCAUUCCUAAAUGCAGCUCUGCUCCUUGGGAAUUAUCGGUUGCCAUUUCCUUCUUGUGUUUUGUUAAACUGUGUCUGUCUCUAAUAGCAAGGUAGCGAAAAUGGAGCUAGAAUUUUUGCGGUCAUUUCGAGUCGUCGUUUUUUGGUUGUGAGUUUCGUAGGGACGGCGUUACCAAGGGUGCAAGUGACAGCGUGAAAGGCUAGUCUAGCUGAUGUGGUGCUUGAUUGUGCGCGCGUGUCCCUGGGAGCCAUCUGUUCUACCACGCCUCCGUGCGCUCACUUUAUCGCUGGCUGACGUCCUAUAAUGACGGUAGUUCUCCGGCGUUUAAAUUCCACAACGACUCUCCCUACGAAGAAAGUGCGUCGAGAUAACAGGUGCCAGGUGGCGGGCCAACCUUUCGUGAGUCGUUGCGCAAGUGAGCAGUACGCUCACGAACGCCGCAUAUGCAUUUAAACAGUCGUCUGAAGAUCUUCUGGCCAUCCAACCCGGACUUCCUGUCAAACGCGCGCACAUUGUUGGGUAGGUAAAGCUGCUCCGCACCGCUAACGACUAUGGGCAUUAGUAUGUUUAUUUAAGACUGAUAAGACAGCUAGGUGGACACCUACGCAUCCCCUGUCAGCCAUGGCCGUCGGAUGAGACAACCGUAUGUCGCACUGCGUUCUCGCCGCCAAGGAGGUCAAAUCCGCCGAUACAAGGAUACCCUGAAGUCCUCCCUGAAAUGUCUGUAAAAAAAAUCCGACCGGCAGGUAAGACCUCGCCCGCGACCGACCGACCUGGAGGAGGCCACUGAAGGCGGGUGCUUCGAUCUACGCAGACGGCCGCAUUACCGUCGUCAAAGCCAAAGCACGCAAAAACCCUGCUGCGCCACUUCGCAAUGCCAACGCACAAACUACUCCAACGUGUCCGCGGUGUCCACGGACACGAAUUAGACUAGUUGGACAUCUCCGGAUCAACUACGCCGCUCGGACGGCACCAAACGUCGUCCCUCCGCCCAAAUCUCCCUCUUCUUCCACUCCACCAACUAAUUUUGACCGUUCCCCUGAAUCGCCCCUCCCAUCCUCCUCCUCCUCCUCCUCCUCCUCCUCCUCCUCCUCCACAUCCUCCACCUCCUGUUCCUUCUCAUCGUCCUCCGCCUCCUUCUCGUCCGCCACCUACUCCUCGACCUCCGUCUCCGUCUCCUCCUCAUCCUCCUCCGCCUCUUCCUCCCCGUCCUCACUGCCCCAAAGAUGGCCGUUCAGGCAGCUGUCAUGCACAUCAACACUACACACAACACGACACACACACCACCACUACAACCUCCGACACCAGAGAUGA